CUGAGGUCGUUGGGAAUGGGCGGGCGGAGAGGCAUCGCCAUCUUCCAACCGUUCCUUUUCCUCGCUCCUCUCCAAAUCCCUCCCGCUCGCACCUAAUCCUCCUCGCAGUGCCGAUUGCCGCAACAACCUCUUCCUCCCCUCCCGCCUCCGGGCUCUUCUUCUCUAUGUGCUCAAUUGCAGAUCAUUCCUUUACUGCAUGCAGUGAUGCUUCGGAUGGCGCCGGGAUUUUAGGGAGUUCUGAGGGUCAAGUUGGUUUAAAUGAAAUGCCACGCAACAUGAUUUCUUCUGAUGCCAAAGAAAAUUUAUCCACACCAAUGUCAUCGAGGACUCAAAGCAUGAACAGUUCUGUGACUGAGGCUAUGGAAUUUCAAACUGAUAGUUUAAAGGAGCCAUCAAUUGAGAAGUUAUAUGACAAUGUAUGCGAGUUGGAAAGCUCUUAUGACGGAUCAGUGUCACGGCAGAGCUAUGGCUCAGAUAGUGAGGAGUCAAGGAUUGACUCAGAAUUGUGUCAUCUUGUAGGUGGCCAUGCUAUUAAAGCCAUUGAAGAGGAAGAAGAUAGAAAUGCAGCCAAAGUAGUAAACCAAAGGAAGAAUGGGGCGACUGAAAGGAAAAAUGGUGCGACUGAAAAGAAACUUGAGACCAAUCCUAAAUCCCUGCCUUCCAAUAUAUCUUCUGGAUCCUCAAAGAAGCUGAAAAGACCUCCUCAGUUUCGACACAACCCUGAUAAAUGUCUAACAUCCUCCACAAAGGAAAAAAUAUCACCACGCCACGAUGAUAAAACUGUGGCCAAAAUUGGUUUAAAAACAUUACAGAAGGAUAAUAAAUCUGCAGCAAAGAAUGGCUUAAGAAUAUCACCACAGAAGGAUGUUAAAACUGUGGCAAAGAGUGGUUAUGUAGUCAGGCAUAUGGAAAAACAGAAUAAGCAUUUUACAAGAGAGGCAAAUUCAGAUAAUGGGUCUGAUGAUCUAUCUGAAGGAGGGCUGGAUAACCCUGACCUUGGGCCUUUCCUUCUUAAGCAUGCCAAAGAUUUGAUUGCUUCAAACAAUUCAAAAAGAGCUCUGAAAUAUGCUCUUCGAGCAGCCAAGUCGUUUGAGAAAUGUACUGGUGGGAAACCAAGCUUAGACUUGGUCAUAAGCUUGCAUGUUGUAGCAGCAAUCUAUUGCAACAUGGGACAGUUCGCUGAGGCUGUUCCUGUUCUUCAGAAAUCUCUGGAGAUCCCAGUUCCUGAAGAAAGCCAAGAGCAUGCUCUUGCCAAAUUUUCUGGUUAUAUGCAGCUGGGUGACACUUAUGCUAUGUUGGGGCUCCUAGAGAGUUCAAUAUAUUGCUACCAGCAAGGAUUAGAAAUUCAGAGGCAGGCCUUGGGUGAUUUGGAUCCCCGAUUUGGUGAAACUUGUCGUUACUUAGCUGAAGCUCAUGUUCAAGCACUGCAAUUUGAAGAGGCUGAGAGGUUGUGCCAGAAGGCUCUUGAUGUCCAUAAAGCGAAUGGGGAAACCACAUCUGUUGAAGAGGCAGCAGAUAGGAGACUCAUGGGUCUCAUUUGUGAUACCAAGGGGGACCAUGAAGCAGCUUUGGAGCAUUUAGUCUUGGCUAGCAUGGGUUUGGUGUCUAAUGGUCAGGAAACUGAAGUGGCUUCAGUAGAUAUUAGCAUAGGUGACAUCUACCUCUCAUUGGCACGAUAUGAUGAAGCUGUGCUAUCGUACAGGAAAGCACUCACUGCAUUCAAGGCAUCCAAAGGAGAGAACCAUCCCGCUGUUGCUUCAGUCUUGGUACAUCUUGCUGAUUUGUAUAAUAGGAUAGGAAAGUUCAGGGAAUCAAAAUGCUACUGUGAAAAUGCUCUUCGAAUAUAUAAUAAACCAAUUGCUGGAACAUCAUCAGAGGAAAUUGCUACUGGAUUGACGAAUGUCUCAUCUAUAUUUGAGUCAAUGAAUGAACCUGAAGAGGCACUGAAGUUACUACAGAAAGCUGUGAAGAUGUAUAACAAUUCUCCGGGUCAACAGAGCACCAUUGCUGGAAUUGAAGCACAGAUGGGGGUUCUGCACUACAUUAUAGGAAACUAUGACGAGUCUUACCUUUCAUUGGAGAAUGCCAUCACCAAGUUACGAGCAUGUGGAGAGAAGAAGUCUGCUUUCUUUGGAAUUGUUUUGAACCAGAUGGGGCUUUCUUGCAUUCGGAGGUUGGCCAUUAGUGAAGCUGCGAAAUCGUUUGAGGAAGCCAGAAGCAUUCUUGAACAAGAGUGCGGUCCUUAUCAUCCAGACACAUUAGGAGUAUACAGCAAUCUAGCAGGUGCUUAUGAUGCUAUGGGAAGGUAUGAUGAAGCCAUUGAGAUUCUCGAGUAUGUUGUUGGGUUGAGGGAGGAAAAGCUUGGAACGGCCAGCCCAGAUGUAAAGGAUGAGAAGAGGAGGUUGGCUGAACUGCUGAAGGAGAAUGGGCGAGUGAGGAACAUGAAACCAAGGUCCUUGGAAACUCUGUUUGACAAGAAUGCUCUUGGUACAAAGAAAAAGGUUUUUGCUGGAGUAUGAAACAACAUAUUGAAGUCCCAUCAGAAUUCAUGUAAUGUGCACUUGUUACAUUGUUGGUAUACCUAAUGCUUGAAGAAAUCAAAGCUAAAUACAUACAAUAUUUUGUUAUAAAUUUGUACUUAUAGAGGGUGUAAAGCUCCUUGUCAAUUGUUGAGAGGAAACAGUGGAACUCCAUGUGUCCUUAUGAAGAGUCUUAAUUUGGAUUUGAAUACUUCCAUUA